AACAGCCUAGCCUCUCCCAGCAGCAUGUAGGAGCCUCACCCCUCUGCUGCUGUGCCAGACAUAGAGGCAGACUCCCAAGACACCCAAGACACCAUGAAGAGCGUGCUCCCUCUGGCUAUCCUGGCUGCACUGGCCGUGGCAGCCCUGGGCUAUGAAUCUCAUGAGAGCAUGGAGUCCUAUGAAGUCAGUCCCUUCAUCAACAGGAGAAAUGCCAACACCUUUAUGACCCCUCAGCAGAGAUGGCGAAUUAAAAUCCAAGAGAGGAUCCGGGAACAGAACAAGCCUGCCCACGAGAUCAACAGAGAAGCCUGUGAUGACUACAAGCUGUGUGAGCGCUACGCCAUGGUCUACGGCUACAACGCUGCCUACAACCGCUACUUCAGGCAGCGCCGAGGCGCCAAAUAAGAACACCAGGAAAAAAAAUAAGAAUUUUGUUCUGGAUUCUCGUCUCACACCCCGCUGCAGUGGCAUUACUAAAGUAUACAGAUACACACGCAUCGCUUGUUUCUUUCCCACGUGAUUUCCUGUCUGGCUGGGCCACUCCUUCCUGUCCGCAGGUUGAAAGUAAUGAAAGAACAGUGUUAAGAAUGUGUUUAUAUAUAAUAAAAAUUCCGGUUUGAUACUUUA